UAGCGGUCCCGCCCGGUGAUGUAGGCAGCCCGGGGAGGUGGAGCCGCGACGCCUGAAGGAGUCCCCUCCGCUACCGCGCUCUCGGUCUACCCCUCCGAGCCGCCAGCCGCCGGCCGCCAGCCCCGCUCCGGCGACCUCCUGCCGCCGCAAUUUGGGCGGCGGGGACUGCGGGAUCCCCCCCGCGGUUAGGGCCCGGGGGCGCCUCCCCCACGCCCAGCCCCCUCCCCUCCUCUCCUCGCUUCCCGGACGGCUGGAGCUACUCCCGGGGGAAGCUGUUCCCGGACGCUCGGCCGCCGCCCGGGCAUCUCGGCUGCCAGCCCGGCCGCGCACCGGGCAUCUCCCGGCUCCGACUGGCGCCGGCGCCGCCCAGCUGCUCGCGACCCCGGGGCCGCCGGCUGCGGCUCGCCCUGCCCUCCCCCGGCCGCCGGGCAGGACGCCCGUGAGCUCCCGGCGCCCCCGGCCCCUCUGGCCGCCGCCGCGAUGCUGCCCUGGAGACGCAACAAAUUCGUGCUGGUGGAGGACGAGGCCAAGUGCAAGGCGAAGAGCCUGAGUCCCGGACUCGCCUACACGUCGCUGCUCUCCAGCUUCCUGCGCUCCUGCCCCGACCUGCUGCCCGACUGGCCGCUGGAGCGCCUGGGCCGCGUGUUCCGCAGCCGGCGCCAGAAAGUGGAGCUCAACAAGGAGGACCCGACCUACACCGUGUGGUACCUGGGCAACGCCGUCACCCUGCACGCCAAGGGCGACGGCUGCACCGACGACGCCGUGGGCAAGAUCUGGGCGCGCUGCGGGCCGGGCGGGGGCACCAAGAUGAAGCUGACGCUGGGGCCGCACGGCAUCCGCAUGCAGCCGUGCGAGCGCAGCGCGUCGCGGGGCGCGGGGGGCUCCGGGGGCCGCCGGCCGGCGCACGCCUACCUGCUGCCGCGCAUCACCUACUGCGCGGCGGACGGGCGCCACCCGCGCGUCUUCGCCUGGGUCUACCGCCACCAGGCGCGCCACAAGGCCGUGGUGCUGCGCUGCCACGCCGUGCUGCUGGCGCGGGCGCACAAGGCGCGCGCCCUGGCCCGCCUGCUCCGCCAGACCGCGCUGGCGGCCUUCAGCGACUUCAAGCGCCUGCAGCGCCAGAGCGACGCGCGCCACGUGCGCCAGCAGCACCUGCGCGCGGGGGGCGCCGCCGCCUCGGUGCCCCGCGCCCCGCUGCGCCGGCUGCUCAACGCCAAGUGCGCCUACCGGCCGCCGGCCUCCGAGCGCGGCCGCGGGGCGCCGCGUCUCAGCAGCAUCCAGGAGGAGGACGAGGAGGAGGACGCGGACGCGGGCGCGGAGGAGCGCGAGCGGCCCGAGGUGCUCAGCCUGGCGCGGGAGCUGAGGACGUGCAGCCUGCGGGGCGCCCCGGCGCCGCCGCCGCCCGCGCAGCCCCGCCGCUGGAAGGCCGGCCCCCGGGAGCGGGAGCGGGCGGGCCAGGCGCGCUGA